AGCGGCGACCCGUGGUGACGUCAGAGCGGCGACCGGCGGUGACCGGGCUGGUGGCGCCGGCGGCAGCGCCGGGCGCCCUGUCGGGGACGAUCGCGCCAAUGGCCUCGGUGACGGCAGCCCCGCCGGCGUCGCCGGUCAGGCCUGUGACCGGGGAGCAGUCGGCCUCGGCCGUGCCGGUGAUCUCGGCGGCGGCGGUGAUGCCGGUGACCCCGGCGGCGACGGCCGUGCCGGUGACCGCGGCGGCGGUGGUGAUGCCGGUGACCCCGGCGGCGACGGCCGUGCCGGUGACCCCGGCGGCGGCAGUAGUGCCGGUGACCUCGGCGGCGGCGGUGAUACCGGUGCCCUCAGCGGCUACAGUCACACCGGCGGUGGCGGUGAUGUCGGUGACGGCGGCGGCAGGGGCGGCGGGGACACUGAGGGCCCCUCGCAACGCCGUUCCGCUCGGCGCCGGAGGUGCCCGAGGCGACUGAUCGCCGAGGUUUAAAAUGUGUUUGUUUCCACGUUGAGGUUUAAAAUGUGUUUGUUUCCACGUUCCGGUUUAAAAUGUGUUCCGUAAGGGCGGCAGCUUAAAGUGAGUGUGUUCCGUUUUAAGGGCGGCAGGGUGUGGUGUCGCGAGCUGCUCCCCCCUGCCCGGGGGCCUGGCGACGCCACUUGCUCCCCCCUGCCCGGGGGCCUGGCGACGCCACUGGCGGCGCCGGCGCGCAGAC